AUGCUGUGGAAUCAUCAAAAUGUGAUGUUCGCGCGGAUCGGUUCGGCUGUGUUUUACGGGUUAUCUUCGUUCAUGAUCACGGUUGUAAAUAAGACGGUGUUGACGUCGUUUGAAUUUCCGUCGUUUCAAAUGCUUGGCAUAGGACAGAUGUUAGCUACCAUCGUGUUACUUUUCACUGCAAAAAAGUUGCGUUACGUAGAAUUUUCUAACCUGGAAACGGCAACGUGUGUGAAGAUAUGGCCAUUACCGAUCAUUUACAUCGGUAACAUGAUCUUUGGAUUAGGUGGUACGAAACAGCUCAGCCUUCCGAUGUUCACCGCCCUUAGGCGAUUUAGUAUCCUUAUGACGAUGAUCGCCGAAUAUUAUAUUCUCGGAGCAAAGGCGCGCAUCCCCAUUCAGCUGAGCGUUUACACGAUGAUUCUUGGGGCAGUGGUGGCGGCAUUAAACGAUCUUGCUUUCAAUUUGGAGGGCUAUCUGUUUAUCCUGUUAAACGAUUUGUUCACGGCCGCCAACGGUGUAUACAUGAAGAAGAAGCUGGACUCGAAGGAACUAGGAAAAUACGGACUGAUGUAUUAUAAUUCGUUAUUUAUGAUUGUCCCAGCGAUCGCUGUCUCCUGCUGGAUGGGAGACGCGCUUCCCGUCCUCGAGUUUCCACAUUGGAACAAUGUCUUCUUUCUUGUACAGUUUGGGCUUUCGUGCGUAAUGGGCUUUGUGCUGCACUAUAGCAUGAUUCUUUGUACACUUAACAAUUCUGCGUUGACCACAACCAUAAUUGGAUGUCUGAAAAACAUAUGCGUCACGUAUCUUGGAAUGAUCAUCGGUGGUGAUUACAUCUUUACGUGGCUGAAUUUCAUAGGACUGAAUUUAAGCGUAGUUGGCAGUUUGGUUUACACCUGGCUGACUUUUCGAAGGAGGGAAUCGACCGAACCAAAGUAUUCUCCGCUUUCCGACGUCCAAACGAUCAAAGAGCAAGCUGUAUAAACAAGCUGUGUAUAUACUCGUUCAACACUCGUACCACCACGCGUUCAUUGCCUUACCGC